AUGACAAAAACAUAUGUGAUGAACCAGCUUAUAGAGAAGAUGCAGUCGCCCGACCAGGAUUUCAGGUAUAUGGGCCUGAGCGACUUGAUGAAGGAAGUCAAUACGGAUGCGCAGUCGUUUCUGGGCGAUGAAGCUUCGGAGAUCAAAGUACUCAACCAGGUCCUGAAGCUAGUCGAGGACAAGAUCUCCGAGGUAAAGAACCAGGCGGUCAAAUGUCUUGGGCAACUCAUCAAAAUUAUUCGCGAGGCGCACAUGGAGAUCGUAGUCGACAAACUCAUCGCUUUCUUUUCGAGUAAAGAGGAUGAGCUACGAGACAUCUCUGGUUUAGCAUUAAAGACGAUUACAUCUGAGCUGCCACCGACCGGUACUCUGGCGCCUAAAGCCUGCGCAAAACUGACCCCACAACUGCUGCUUCACCUGUCAAAGCCAGAGACACCUCCUGAAACGCUCAUCGAGACGCUCUCCAUCUUGACGAUCCUCAUCUCCGAGUUCCCUGCUUAUGUGACCGCCUUGGAGCUGGACCCUCCACCUCUCGUGGUCAUCGCACCUUUGCUCUCGCACGCUCGCCCGGCCGUCAGGAAGCGCGCCACCCAGACCCUUGCGCAGUUUGUGCCGCUCUCAAGUCAAGAACUAUUCGAUGGAUUGCUGGCAUCUCAGGUUCGGCCCAAUCUUGCGUCAGGUGCUGCGUUGGAACAGCAGCGUACCGUGGUCAACUUGGUUGCUGCUAUAGCCCGGGUAUCGCCGCAGCGUGUCGCGCCCGCGCUCCCUGAUAUUGUGCUUGCCAUCUUGAAGGCGUUGUCGCGCGACGACGACGAGUUGCGCGAUAGUAGCUUGCAGGCUUUAGAGACGAUCACGCUCAAGUGCCCCACAGAAAUUACACCGUUCUUGUCAUCGAUCAUUCAGGCGGCGAACCAGUACAUCAAGCAUGAUCCGAACUAUGCUGGCGGGGACGAUGAUGAAGACGAGGAGAUGGCCGAUGAAGAGGACGAAGAGGACGAAGACCUCGACCAAUACUCUGAUGAUGAAGACACUUCGUACAAGAUUCGCAGGUCUGCCACGAAGUUGCACACCGCCAUCAUCGCCACUCGCCCCGAGUUACUUGUGACGCUCUACAAAGACGUUUCCCCCGUACUCAUCUCGCGCUUUGCUGACCGUGAGGAGACCGUCCGGUUGGAGGUGUGGGCCACGUACGUCGCUUUGCUGAACCAGACUCGUGUAUAUGGCGGCAACGCGCAGACGAAGGAUGGUGUCGGCUUCAAACGCAAGCGUACGCCUGACGGCAUGGAUGUGGAGGAAACCGGCCUCUCGAUGCUGCAAUCUCAGGUCCCGCCAUUAUCCAAGGCGCUCCUGAACCAGAUGAAGUCACCCCGCGCGCCCGUCAAUGUGCUGCAAGCAGGAUUCGGCGUCUUGCGCAAUCUGCUCGAAGUGCUCCCAGGAAGCCUCUCGAACCAGACCACCCUGAUUGUCUCCAUCGCCAAGUCUGUACUGUCCCAAUCCCCUUCGACGGCUAGCUCGGCCCUACAUCUGUCAUGCUUGCCAUUUCUGACACUUUUCUUUGGCACACACCCCCCACCCGCCUACACAAGCGCCCUCCCGAACAUCAGUCCCGUCCUGCUGAGCACGGCGUCCGAGCGCCAUCCCCGUGUUGCAUCUGAGUCCAUCCGCGUCUGGUCCGCCAUCCUCAAUGCGAUGAAACCGGUCAAGGGUCAAGACUGGGUUAAGAGCAUCUACGACGAGGCGCUGAAGCGUCUGAGCAACCAUGACACGGAUGCUGAAGUUCGCAUGCGCGCUGAGGAGAUCAUUGGCGAUCUCUGGGUGUGUGCGACCGACGUCGUUAAGGCGGGGGCCGGGAAGGAAUGGCAGUUCAUCUGCCGCACUACCGGCAAGAUCGACGGCGCGAUCAAGGUUGUAUCGCGGGUCGCACAGGAGGCCGAUGUCGGUGCAGACUGGGUCCAGAGCUGCGUUGAGUGGUCGUUGACCAUGCUCAGGAAGGCAGGUCGUAUCGGUAAGGUCGAGUUGUUCGAGUGUCUCGCCGUUCUCCUCAGCAGGUACGACAGCAUACCGGCGCACAUUGCACCCACUCUUGUUCCGGACUUGAAAGCUUACUUGUCGAUCGCGGACAUCGCUCUGCUUUCUCAAGCCCUUUCUCUCCUUGCGCUCAUGCUUCGCCUCUCCCCCGCCACGACUUUCCCGGAGGUCGAGCGUGAUGCUCUUGCUGACAUCUGCAACGUCGCACACUCGCCUUUGCUUGUCGGAGCCGGCCUGGAGUCUAUGCUGGCGUUCAUGGCGGCACUCGUGGAAGCUGAUGGCCAGAUUUCCACGCACAUCGUCCCCACUCUCGUUCACUCUGCUGAGAAGGCAUCCAGCGGUGAUGUAAGCCAGGCCAACAUCGCGAAAUGUGUCGCUCAGGUCGUCAAGAGCGCGCCGGCUGUUACGGCGGGCAUCACUGCCGAGUUUUCCAAACACGUCAAGGCUGGCUCGAAGGCGACAGCUUCGCAAGUUGUUCUCAGCCUUCUCGUUCUUGGAGAGAUAGGUCGGUUUGUCGACAUGACGCCGAACCGCGACAUCUUUGCUCAGGCCAUCGAACUCUUCAGUUCUGACCAGGAGGACGUUCGUGUUGCUGCCGCUUUCGCUGCCGGCAACAUCGCGAUUGGAAAUCUACACCAAUUCCUCCCCACACUUGUGAAGCUUGUACAGGGUGAUGCGCAGAAACGGCUACUUGCGCUACAGGCCCUAAAGGAAGUUGCAACGCACACGUCCACCGGACAGCUGGAGAACUACGCGGAGGCACUCUGGGGGCCACUCUUUGAGAGCUCCGAAGGUGCGGACGAGAGCGCCCAGAGUGUUGCCGCGGCAUGCAUCGGCAAGCUCAUCACAACGAAUGCGUCACGGUACCUGCCACAAGUCCAUUCGCGCCUCUCUGACGAGAACGCCGCCACGAGGGUCACAGUACUUGCAGCCAUGCGCUACACCUUCGCAGAUUCUUCGCCCUCCUACGACGAGAUCCUCGCGCCGCAUGUCCUCGACUUCCUCACGUUAAUGAGUGAUCCUGCUCUUCCCGUUCGCCGUGCGGCAUUGUCGGCGUUUAACGCAUGCGCAAAGGCAAAGCCUCAUCUCAUCCGUGAACACCUGUCCACGCUGUUGCCGAAGCUCUACGCGGAGACAAUCCUCAAGCCCGAGCUCAUCCGCACAGUGCAGAUGGGCCCUUGGCAGCACAAGGUUGAUGACGGUCUCGACGCUCGCAAGACCGCGUACGAGACACUAUACACUCUGCUGGACACUUGUCUCGCUAAGCUCGAUCUAAACGAGUAUCUGAAGCACGUCCUCGUCGGCCUCGCUGAUACAUCGGACGAAAUAAAGGUCAUCUCGCAUAUGAUGCUCUUCCGCCUGUCACAGAUCGCACCCACCGCUGUGGUGCAGCACCUGGCCGAGGCCACGCCCAUGCUCGAGGCGUCUAUGAAGGAUGCUACGAUCAACAAAGAUACUGUCAAGCAAGACCUCGAGCGGGCGGCGGAGAUCCAGCGAAGCACUUUGCGCGCUGUUGCAGCUCUUAGCAAGAUCACGCCUCCGGGAGCCGCACCCAAAUUUGAGGCUUUGGUUGCAGAGGUGAAGAAGUCGCCUCAGUGGGGGGCCGAAUUCAAUGAGCUUGCGGGUCAUUGA